UUUAAUUUCUCAUUCAUCACCUUAAAGAUGUAUGUUACAAGGCAUCUCUCGGAAUACCAGAGAAACUCGUCACAAUCGUUGCCGGAAGGUCCAAACUCAGGCGUACUUGUGAUUCAAGAUGAAGAGUCGAAACCGACUUGUUGCUUCGGAUCUUGCUACGAUGGUGAACUCAGAGGCUUGCCGUUCCCACAGAACGCAAAGCUGACUGUGACUUACAGAACCGGAACUGGUAAAAACAGGCGCAGUUACCAUGACCCCGUUCUGUUCAUUCCGGUUCCUGGACAGCCUCUGUUUUUGAACCGUUAUUAUGUCAUUAAACGCCGUGGGAAGCACUCAGGAGGAGCUACGGCAAGUGCAAAAGAAGAAGACAGAGUCCCCUGCUGCUUUUGCUUUAGCUACAUUCCUGAAGCUAAGCCACAAGAAGCAGAUCCUUAUGAUAUAUACCAACAAUUCGAGAUCCAUCAACGCAGAGCAUUAUCUUGCUAUAACACAGCCAUUUCUGUUGCUCCUAAUGGGAUACCACCUGAGUUCCUUAAAAGAAAGUAUUGGACCGUUGAGUACUCGAACUCUCAAGAUUUUGGUUUGAGAGAUGAUGCAAAGGGAAUCAACGCUGAGCUUCGUUCUGAGCUUCCCAAUGAUGUGAAUACAAGCGUUGUGGUAGGAAAAUGGUAUGUUCCUUUCAUAUUCGUGAAAGAAGGAGACGCAAAGGAGCAGAUGAAAAACUCAACUUAUUACAGCAUGACUCUUAAACAAAGAUGGGAAGAGGUUUACUCAUGUAGUUACAACGAAGCAGAAAGUGAGGUUGUAGUUGAUGUCGAAGUAGAUACAGAAGUGGUGAAGCUUGAUGGAGAAGUAACCAAUCUGAGGGAGACAAGAGCUGAUGGAGUUGUUUGGUUUAGUGUCUUAAGGGAUGAGAGACAAGACAAGAAGAUAGGUCUUGGGUCAGUGGUCGUGGAGAGGAUUAAGUGGGAAGAGGAGAGGUUCGGGUGGUUAAACAAAGGCGAUGAAGUAAGGUCUAGCAUUAAGAGAACAGAGAGAUUCGAAGGCGGUUCAUCACAGUGGGAGAGUUAUAAAUGCUAUGUAUUGGUAGAGAGCUUUGAAUUAAAGAGAAUGGAUGGGAGUUUGGUGUUGACAUAUGAGUUUACACAUGUUGAUAAGUUGAAGAGUAAGUGGGGUUGAGUUUAUUCAGCUUAUUUGUGUGUCAUGUGUGCAACUUAUGGUGUGUUUAAUUUAAUGAAAGCUCUUCUAUAUUCAUGUAAACUCUGUAUAAUGAAUAAUCUAGAACUGGUUUGAAUAGUUA